AUCUUCAUCUUCAUCUUCAUCUUCAUCUUCAUCUUCAUCUUCAUCUUCAUCUUCAUCUUUAUCCCGGCCACGAAUAUGAGUCUCCGCGUCGCAAAGCUGAUAACAUAACAAAAAGCAAUUUACAAAUAUUCUUCAUGAAUUAAAAUGGAUGUCAAUGAUAUCGACUUAUCUCUACGCUUCAAGCAUGGCAUCCAUACCAUCUUCUUGUUUGUCGAUCCAUCAAGACCCUUCGGCAGCAUAGCAGAAGACCUUUUGGAAGCUCUGAGGGCACGCUACCCUUCGGGAUUAACUACUUCCCUUUCCUCGCCGGACAAGACCGAGCUACCGAACGAUCAUCUACAGAUCAAGUUCGCCUCGCCAAAGAUACCUACAGACCUCAGCCAAGGCUGGAAUCCUCUUGAAGUUGGAGAGAAGGAUACCCCGGUUAGCAAAGGCAUCAAGGACAACAGCAUUUUGGCGUUCGCAUUCUGCCCUGAGGAUGCAGAUGAGGACUACGAGCCUGAUUUCACGGUCGACUUCCCUAGCUUCGACGAGGAAAUAGAAGAGCAAUAAGGAUAGCAGGAGAAGGAUGACAUUCAUGAGACAUGACUUAGGAUAUGAUGGCUAGCCGUGAUGGAAUGUAAGUUCGGAAGAAGAGCGGCUCUCGCAUCUCUAGGGAUGUGGAAUGAGAGGUAGUUCUCAAAUUCAUAGCUAGGAAAACGUUGGGUAAUUUUGCCGUAUUUCGAGUGCCUAAUGGAAUGACAACCGCCCUAUUGGCAUCUCGGAGACUCAUAUUGGCAUAUGAGGUUUGAAUAAGAAUUGACGGUAAAUAACACGCAGUAAGGCACUCAAAUUGGGUGAGCCAAAUAUGCGUGUCGUCGUUGCUGUUAUCGAUCUCGUUGGAAAAGUUGAACUUACAAUAUUCAAAUCAUGAUUAAAAUACCUUAGUUUACCGUAAAC